AUGCAGAACUUGAGACGAAAGCCCAAGAAAGAGGGAGAAAACAUCAUUCUAAAGUUAGAACACAAUACAUUAAUGGAAAAAGUGGAGUAUCAGGUAGUACCGAAAUAUUUUUUACUAAACGAUGACAAGAAUAAGGAUGUCUACUGCUUGCUGAAGAAAACGAAUUAUAAGAAGAGCGAAAAGGAGCUGAUGAAUGGGGAACAAGAGAAAAAAUUACUCAAAAAGGGACAAGGAGAGAACGAAAAUUAUGAUGGGAUACUCAGUUUGGUUUCAAGUCAUAACAAGACUGGCGUGUGCAAAUUGGGAUCCCCCGAUUCCUUCCUCAGUUGUCAUUAUAUAUGUGAAGAAAGAAAUGCUGCUCAUGGGGGGACCAUCAAAGAGGCAGACGCCAAAAGCGUGCAAAGUAGGGAAAACAACAAAAAUGUUAUUAACGAGUUAGGCGAACAGAAAUAUAAGUUGGCGAAUCGAAACCCUAUUCAUCUUACUCCGAAUGGUAAAAGCGUGGGGACAACAAAAAAUGACAACACACGUUUUAGGAAGGACUAUUUUGUACGUCUAUUGAGAAAUUCUUCCAAAAAGAUUCUAUGUUCAGCUGAAAAAGUAAAAAAUUUUAAAAACUUAUUUUUGAAAAUAAAAAGGAAGGAUGAGAAUUUUUUUUGCGAUUCAAAGGAGGGAGCAGACAACCUGGGACAAAGUGUAACAGGCGAAUGUCCUCCAGCUCAGGGGUGUGUGAUAUCCCCAAGGGGGGAGGGCGAAGCGGAGGAAAGUGCGAAGGAAUAUAGAAGAGACGAAAACAAAAUUGUUACGAUUUCUUGUACAGCCAAGCUAAACGGAAAAGGAAGAAGAACAGGCAGAAGGAACGGCAAAGCCUUUAGUGAGCACUCCCCCAAAAAUAACAGAAUGAAAAAGGAAGAAAACCACCUCAAGUGUAAUUAUGAUAUGUUGACAAAUGAUAAAAAGGAACACAAAUACAUUUUAGAUAAUUCCCUAAAUGAUAACACGAAAAAAACUUAUGCUGUAAAGUAUGAGGAUGAAAGUAAAAGCGUAAAUUAUUUGGAGAAAAUUUUAAAGGACAAAAAAAACAGAAUGAAUAAUCUCCUUCUUUUAAACAUCGAAAGAGAUAGGCCAUUCAAGCCAAAGCAAAUAACAAAACUUAGCAGGCUCAAAAGAACUAGUGGUACAAUCUCGUAUGGAGACAAAUUUCACAAACAGGUCUUGCAUCAAAGUGACCAUGGCGCUACAUUUGAAUAUUGCGCAUCAGACAUGAAUAUAAAACAUUGUGCUAUCGGAGGGAAAGAGAAGAGACUCUCGUUAGAGGAUAAAAAGGAUGUUGCAUCCCAUCGUAGAAAUGAAGAACACAUGGGAGAUUUUAUGAGGGAAAACAAUGCCAACUUUAUUUUUUGUAAAAAUUCGAUGAAGGAAGAUAAAAUGGACAAAAUGAAGAUGAAGGGGGUGCACAUCUGCAGUAGCAAUAAGAAAAUAACUGCACCGUUUGUGCGUAGAACGACGAAGAAGGGGAAGGAGGAAAAUGCUAAGACGGUGGAAAGUGGGCACAAGGGUCGGAAGGACCACACUGAUAGGGAUGAAUAUCGUGUGAGGCAAAUUAUGCAAUACAAUGAAAAGUGCAAAGUGGACGUGAAACAAAGCAGAACGCGCAACCACGUUAAGGAUCACCCUGCACAUGAGACUCAGUUGUGGAAGACAUGGGCUCUCUGUGUACAACAGAACAAAAAUGAUGAUCCCCCAGAGGUUCUUGCGAAGGUUAAUAUAUCCAAUGAGGAACAUCAAGGUAAAGUUAGACGUACCAUCAAAGUUGUUGCAGAAUUGGAGAAAUGUGACCCAAUCGCAGUUCCACAGACGAAUUGUGGUUAUGAGACUGACCAAGUUUGUAAAAACGUUAGUGAAAAAAUGGGGAAGCAAGGGGAGGAUACUUUUCAUCCCUGGUGCGAACAAAAGGGGAAGACAAACAGGGGGGGAGAGCCACCCGGUGAGGGUAUACACGUGAAGAAUAUAAACACCAUGCCGGCAUCCUCCCAACACACAUCAAUAAUCGAGGACACAAUUAACAGACCGAAUAACAAAAAGGAAGAAAAAUGUAGCAAAAAGAAACUCUUCUUUUUUGAAAAAAAUAAAAUGAGGAUAAAAAAUUUUAUUAAUAAAAAUGAGAUAUUUAAUUUGUCCACACAAGAAGAGAGUACAAAAAUGAAAAGCGAAAAGAUAAACACGCGAGUGAGCAGUGCAUCGAACAAAUUUCCCCCACACAGGUUUGCAUCACCGAAUGACUCUAUAAGCAAAUUUGGGGGCUUAGCAAUGGUUAGUGGUUUAAAUCACGCUUAUAAUAGUAGCAUGGUCAAUAAAAAAAUACCCGCGAAAAAGAUAAAAGUGGAAGAAGAAGUCCUUUCUGCGUAUCCAGUAGAAGUGGACGACACGAAAAAGAAACGUGAGGAUCACACACCUAUGGAUGAAAAAAGAAUAACGCUUAUGGAGGAUGUAAGCACAGACACGGAUGUUUUAAUGCGGGUUUUGAAUGCACGUGAAGGUGAUCCCCGUGCAAAUGGAAGCACUGAUGAAGACAGCCAAAUUUGCGAACAGUGUAGCAACACGGACCGUUCGCAUAAUUACACGAAUGCGGUCAAUGAGGAUGAAAAGUGUAACCAGGACAUGGCAUACGAUAAACAGAAAUUACUGAUGAAGGAUUUAAUAACCAGCGUAUCCAAGGAAAGGAAUUAUGACAGUCCUUAUGAGCAGAAAAAUGAAGACACCAAAAUGGAACGAAAAAUAAAUGGGUUAAAAAGGAAGAAAAGAAAUUUUCGAUCGUAUUUUAUGAAGCUUAGAUCCUUCCUCUUUUUCCAUCAUAGAAAGAGGACCAGCACAUUGGUCUCCCGCACCACAGAAAAUGGAUCCAAUAAAGUCAUUAGAAAAAAGAAGUUUCAUUUAAAAAGGAAAAAAAAAAUAAAAAAAUUGAAAAGUCUACGGUUGCUAAACAUAUAUAGCUCGAAGAAAAUGAUGGACAAAAGCAGCAAUGAAAAGGAAGCAAAUAGCCAUUGCGAAAAUUACCAAACGCAGGAAUUUUUGUUAGGAGAACAGAGGGAACAAGAAAGGGGGAGGAAGACCAUCGUGCUGGACCUAGACGAGACUCUUGUUCAUAGCACGUUACGGGAUGAGAGGUACAAUUCUUUCAGGAUUCCCAUCGAAAUGGGUGACGCACGCUGCGUAAUUUAUGUGAAUAAGAGACCAGGCGUGGAGCAUUUUUUUAAGGAAAUAUCGAAAUAUUACGAAGUGGUCAUUUUCACAGCUAGCUUACCCAAGUAUGCAAACGCUGUUAUCGACCAGUUGGACAAGGACAACAUCUGUGCUUACCGACUGUUUAGGGAAUCCUGUACCUUUUGGAAUAAUAACUAUGUGAAGGAUUUAAGAAUAUUGGGACGGGACUUAAACAAAGUCGUUAUCAUUGAUAAUUCGACCUUCGUCCAUAAAUUUUGCGAAGACAACUGCAUCUUAAUCAAAAGCUGGUUUGACGACCCAACUGAUAAGGAGCUUUACAAAUUAAUCCCCUUUUUAAAAAAAUUGUCAAAGAAGAAAUCAGUUAUACGUGAACUGAGAAAGUAUAACAAGAAAAAGAAGAAAAAAAGAAAAUUUUAA